AUGUACAACGUCAGGGACGAGAAGACUGAGCGACACGAAGGAACCUGUGAGUGGAUCAACACAAAGACCAAAUAUCAAGACUGGCUUUCGAAGCCCGGCCCUCGGAUUCUCUUGAUAGUAGCUCCUCCAGGUCAAGGGAAAUCGACAAUGGCCAAGUACAUCCUCAGAGAGACCGAAAAGAAGUCUGCUACUAAUACCGGUGCCAUUACCCUGGAACAUUUCUGCCAUGACUCCCCAGGCCAUAACUCAACUCUAGCCAUCGUUCAAUCCUUGACAUAUCAGCUAUUAGAAGGCCGACCAAGUCUGUUCGAAGCUCUUUUCUUCCAACAUCGGAGGAUUAUUGAGCAAGAGUCCGAUCUUGACCCAGACUCAUUGUGGGAAAUCUUCCUUACAGCUCUGCAAAAUCCUCAGAUUGAAUGUGUAUACUGUGUCAUUGACGGCUUGGACGAGUGCACUGAUCGUUCCCAGACCACGCUCUGGAGACUGAUUGAGAGAGACCUGAUUAACAAAAGAUCCGAAGAUGCCCCCUAUAUUGGGAAAUCUCGUAUACUUAUCACAAGCCGCCCUACGGGACUUGCUAAGCAGAUUGGACUCCUCACCAGCGAGAUUGAAAUCCAGAGCGACGAUGUUGAUCCGGACAUCGAAAAAUAUGUCAAAUUCAGAGUCGAAAGAAUGACCUCAGCGCAACUGAUUCCCGACGACAUCUCGACACUAACUCGCAGACUCCUUCAUGAAAAGGCAGAGGGGAUGUUUCUGUGGGUGAGCCUAAUCUUAGAUCAGUUGGAAAACUACGAGGAUUCGUUGUCCUUCAACGACGUGCUCGAUCGUUUCGAAAGUAUUCCAUCGGAUAUUCAAGGGUUGUAUGACAGGGCUCUGCAAAAGAUAACGGCUAAAGAAUCCCUGUAUGCGAAAGCAACAAAGAUCUUCAGCAUACUUUUAUGUUCCGCUCAGCCCCUCACAACAAGUGCAUUUGCCCUGGCCAUGACAGAGUGGCCAGAAAGCUGCACGACUCAUCAAGAACUCAUGCGUCGCUCCGACUUCAGGUUUGAAUAUACGUGCAAAAAUGCUUGCGGUACCUUGGUAAGAAUCGUGGACAACACCAUUCAGCUUUGCCACCCUACCGCACGCGAAUUCCUUUUGAAGGAGCCUCUCGACAAAGGGCUCUUUGGUAUCGACCAACCAGCUGGCCAUGCAUUAUUGGCCGAGAUCUGCUUGCGAUACCUGAUGUUGGAGGAUGUCGAAAUACCCCAAGGAGACGAGGAGCCAGACGCUCAAAGAUACCCUCUCCUGGCUUACGCCCUGACAUAUUGGCCAUUGCAUGUCCGCUAUUCGUCCGACAGAAUCCAGAGUUACAAAGAAACGAUCCGCCGGUUUUUCGGUCAUUCGAGUAUCGCACGCUUUCACUCAUGUCUCCGGCCUUCCGACUAUUGGACCACUUAUUUCCCCAAAGAUUCUCUGAGUGAAGAUCUUAUUGUCCAUGUCACAGCGUAUUUCGACCUAAAGAACUUGUUACAAUCUCUGAGUUUGGGGGGCGGCAACGGCUCCGAGACAACGGGUUCUAAGGGGUUAGGUGACGAGCCAAUUCUUAGUCUGAGCUCUACAGUCGACGCUAAAAACUCAUACGGGAAUACUGCGUUACACCUCGCAAUAGGUCAAGGGUCGUCAGAAAUGAUAUGCUCCUUGCUUGAGCUGGGAGCCGACCCGAAUGCUAUGGAUCGUUAUGGCAUGAAGGCUUUGCACCGAGCUGCGCAAGGAGUUGACAUCAAUGUACUCAGGAUCUUUUUGCAGCUGACGGACGACAUUGACACCCGGGCAAACGAUGGGGUCACACCGCUGCUUUUGGCGACCGAUCUUGGCAUAGUUAAAGCACUUCUUGCCGCUGGUGCUAACAUCAAUGCCAGACAUGGACAGAAUGGCUACACACCACUCCACUUUGCCGCAAAAGAGUCAAGCCAGCAAGUCGUUGAGAUUUUAGUGGAGAGAGGGGCAGAUAUUAACGCAAGGUCUAACACAGGAAGGACACCCCUUUGGGAAGCUGCAUUUGCUGGCAUCGCUCCCAAUGUGAGGCUUCUACUCGAGGCGAGGGCGGAGAUUUUAUCAGAGCUCGAGGCUGGGUGGAACCCCUUGCAUGCUGCUUCUCACACUGGAUCUGUCGAAUGCAUAAAACUCCUUCUGGACUAUGGUGUCUGGUCCGAUGACAAAACUAAUUGGAAAGACACCGCAUUGCUUCUUGCAGCGAAGCCCGGUCACCAUGACGCAUGCGAAGUUCUUUUAAAGGAUGGUUGCAGCCUCGAUGCUCAAAAUGAAGAUGGAGACACGGCCCUGAUUCUUGCCGCUGGAGCAGGGCACGCUUCUGUCGUCAAUCUCUUUCUGGCUGCACGUGCGUCGGUGAACAUUGUUUCGUUUACGGAUGACACAGCAUUGUCAAUUGCUGUCGCGCAAGGCCAUACUGAAGUGGUGCGGCUUCUCCUAGACCAUGGCGCGGAUCAGAACUUCGUACCGGCAGAGAAGGCCGCUAUGUUGUUUUUGGCAAUACAUGAUGGCCAUCGUGAUGUGGUGGAUAUUUUGAUUGGAAGUGGCAUCAACCUUGACCUUAAAUGGCGCUCGUGGACGCCGUUGUACCUCGCUGCUUCCGAGGACGAUAUAACAACAGUGAAUCAAUUGCUUGAGAAAGGAGCUGAAAUUGACUGCCCUGGACCAGAGGGUAUGACGGUACUACACUGGGCAAUCCGUCACAAGAGAGAGGAAUUAGCCAGUCGUUUGUUGGAUCUGGGUCACAACGUUGAUGCCUGUACACACAAUUCAUGGACAGUGUUGCAUGAAGCCGUGGAUGUUGGACAAUUGGACAUUGCGACACGGUUGGUGAGGGCAGGAGCCCUUGUUAACACACCGUCUAUGUCUGGUACAACUCCGCUGCAUGUGUGCUGCCGGACAGGCAACCUGGAUUUGCUGGAUCUUCUCCUCAAAGCCGGGGCCAAUAUUCUUUCCCGCGGUAAAGAUGGACUCAUUCCGUUAGACGUUGCCGCCCUCAAUGGCAACUUACAGACAGUGGACCGCAUCAUCCAAGAAUUACACGAGCAGCAAGUUUCAGUCGAGAUAUGGAACUCUGCGUUAUGUCAUGCAGCAGCACGGGGCCAUUUGGAAGUCGUAAGACGUCUUCUUCAGGAGGGUCUUGACAUAAAUAUCAAAGAUUGCGCGGGCUUCACUCCUCUGAUGUGUGCAAUAGCGAACAACCAGCAACGCGUCACAGAGUUCUUGAUCAACAAUGGCGCCGACAAUCAUACCACCAAUAAUCGUGGGUUCACAAUACUUCACGAGGCUGCACGGCACGGGAUGACGAGCCUCGUGAGGCGACUUCUCGCCGAGGGUCUGGAUCCCUUGUCGGCGAAUCCUGGGGGAGUAACACCUCUCGGUCUAGCGGCAGAAACAGGUCACGUCAAUAUCGUUCGAACUCUUCUCGACCACAAGUCCAACACCAUCCAGGAUCGUGGCCUCGACGGCGAACUCCUCCAAGCUGCAUGUCAAAGUGGCAAUCUUGUGAUCUUGGAUCUUCUCCUCCGGGCCGGGUGUGAUGUUCACGCCCUUAAUUGGAUAGGGAGGUCGGCAAUACACGCUGCCGCAGGUUAUGGCCAGAAUGUCCUUUUGAGCCGUUUGCUUGAGAGACAAGUCGAUGCGUCUCGGCCUGACAAGGCGGGGAUCAGCCCACUUCAUCGAGCCGUUGAGAAAGGUUAUGAAGAUGUCGUCGCCAGUCUGAUCAACUGGGGAGUUCCUAUCAACCCCGUAUCGGAUGAUGGCAUCACACCACUUCUGUCGGCUACAAUCGGCCGACGAUUCAAGUGUAUUUAUCUGUUGAUUAAUGCCGGAGGAGACCCCACCGUCAAGGAUAUAUUUGGACGAUCUGCCUUGAGCACUGCUGCGUCCACACCCUCCCUUUUGGCAAGAAUGGGCAAUUGGGGCCGAUCAAUUGAGCCACCAGAUCCAAUUCUGCUAGAAGCAACCCAAAGACGAGCUGUGCGAUCUUGUUUUCAGCACCUUAGCUCCUUGAUCCUCGAUGAUCCCCUGGUAGCCUAUGACAUGGACAAUUUGAACACUGGCUUGAUACUCUUGAAGGAAUAUGAGCUUGGUCGCGAGGGCAUUCUCAUAUUGACGCAGCCGUUGGACGACCAGCUAGUACGAGGGACAUACGAUUGUCAUGCGUGUCAGAAAGACAUUGAUACCAGGUUAACAACUAUGCGGAUAUGUCAGACCUGUGUCGUCGUUAUAUGCGAGCCCUGCUUUGGCAGGUACGAAGAUAAGCGCCAACCUGAGGAUUGCAUGUGCGAGGGCCACGAAUUUCUGACAAUUAGCUACAAGGAUUGGGAGGAGCUGGAACCAAGAUAUGAAUACAGUCAAGAGAAAAUACGUCUUGUCCGGGAAGCCUGGUUAACCAAGAUGCGCGAACGGUUCCCUCCUCUGAGCCCUGAUGAGCUCGGUUCAAGCUGA